AUGAUGCUGGUGCCGUUUUGUUUAAUGGUUCUUCUCGAAGACAAGCUUCCACUAAGCCGCGAAUCACAUCCUGAUACCACCCUUCUCGGCACCGGCGUUGCCCACACACUCGUCGGCAUGAGGACGAACCGGGUGCACACCUUCUUCCGCUCUGUCUUUCUUACGGCUCUUGGGACGGCCGUUUUGAUAUUGUAUCUCAUGACUCCUCCGCUCGAGCCGUGGCGGCUCGUUCAGAACCGCAGUAAUGAGAGCAAGGGCAAAACGAGCGACGAUGAGCUGGGCUUGUCGGAUGAGGAAGACAACUUAGGACGGCAAGUGGAGGAGUGGCCAACCGUGAGCGCCCGCGAGUUGAGCGCAUGCGGCCGAAGGGGUUUAUCUCAGCACUCGACGGGCCAAGAGCUCAUCAUCGAGCACCGGAAGAUCCCCGGACGAUGUUUUGAAUACGAUAUCGUUGAACUGCAACAAACGGCUGAAACUGGUGCCCCUCCCCCCGCUGCACCCGAGAUAUCUACAGCUGGAUCAAACCACCCGCAGCACAUCACCUUCAAGAGCAUAUCACUCUCCGACUCAGAGAUGACCAUGUCCAACCCGGCAUCGGGCUCGCAGCCUGAACCCAAGCCUCAUCAUCACUCCGUCGUUCCUGCGCCGUUGAAACGCAGCAGCACAAGGUUCCCGAUCGAGUCCGCCGUUGAGAGACAUGGCGACUCUCGGCGUAACUCUGCGUUACAACAGGAAACGGCCCAAACACAGCCCGCGGGCACUUCUGGCCACCGCCGCUCAACAUCAAGCUCGUCGAUGCCUCCCCACGAUCUUCCGCACAAGGUGUACCCCCAGACCAAGCAUCUCAACUUGAUGAUCGGUAUGCGCGAGAAGCUCCUCCGCUCCCGCGCCUCGGGCAUCCUCACCCCCACCAGCGGCAACGCCUUCCACGCCCCUCCCGACCCCUCCACCGGCCACUGCAUGCCCGCCAACACAAACGGCGCCCACAACCACCCCGUCCGCUCGCCCACCCCAAGCAGCCAACACCGCUCCUCCCCCAACACCCGCUCCUCCGGCCACGCCGACCUAGACGACCUCCCGCUUUCCCAACGCCGCUCCAUCAUCCGCCACCGCCAAAGCAAAGCCCCCACCAACCUCCGCCCAACCGCCCACUCCACCACCUUCGACUCCCACCAACCCCGCCGCGGCACCAGCGCCAUGCCCACCGCCAUCCGCCACGCGCAACUCGCCAGCUUCCGCAACAGCGUCGCCGUCGACCUACGGCCCAGCUCCCCGCCCAGCGCCUCCGACCUCCGCCGCAUGUCCUCCUCCGCCACCCUCCACGGCGGCAGCAACAGCAACAGCCUGCACCACGCGGCGGCGCUGGGCGUCGCGGGGGUGAGGACGCCGACGCCGACGGUCGACAAGAGCAAGACGGAUUCCUGCGCAGCAUCUAGCUGCAGCGGGGGUAUCUGCUGGUGGAGAAGGCGGCGCACGCGCAGAGGCGCGAGGCGGAGGCCAUGGGCAGGAUUCAGUAUCAGAGGGAUUUUGAGGAGCUGA